AUGCGCACCCACCCGGUGUUUUACGUGGGCUUACUCAAGCCAUGUCUUGAUCCUGCUCGGGAGAGCGUAGAGUCGCUGGCGCCGACCCGGAAAGUGGCUGCGCAGCAGCGAGUGGCUGGGCCACGACAGGACGCUGUGAGACAGCAGGUGGCAAGUCCACAGCAGGCUGUGGAACAGCAAGUGGCAGAGCAACAGGACGAGAACCGAGCUGCUGGAGACGCAGCAACAUCUCCAUCUGACCCUGCAGCUGAGCGAGUUGACACUCUAGGUCAGCAACCCGAUUUUGGACCGCUUGAGGCGUAUCAAACCAGUCCACCCGUCGGUACAUCUCCUCGAGAUCAUCCGCCAAGCGGCCAACAGAAACGUUGGAGGCGUGAACAAAUUGGUUCAGUGAACCGACGCGGUGUUUCAGCGCACGAAGGUCGCUGGUAUUCGUAA